GCAUCGAAGUGCAUGCCUCCAGCCUGGGCUCUUGGACAUUUCAGACGGGAGCAAUUGGGUGCGUGGCGACUGGCCAUGCUUGAGGGCGACGGGAGCGACAGCCUGCUGGGCUGCGUGGAUUUCCUGGACUUUCCGGAGCUUGGGGCCUACUUGGCCUGUUCCCAGCACCUGCUGCAGCAUGCCAAGGUGGCUUGGGAUGGGCGGUCCUGGCGCAUGCGCAGCCUGGAGGGGCGUUUGCCCUCGCACGUGCGCUGGCCCAAGGAGGCGCUGUCCGGCACGCGCCGGGCCUGCGCGGUGUGGCGCCUGGGCUGUGGCGUGCGCCUCUACGAGCAGAAGCGCUUCAAGGAGGCGGAGGACGAGCUGCGGGCGCUGUUGAGCAUUCUGCCUCACCCCUUCGUGAUGUGCCGCCUUGCGGACACGCUCUACGGGCGUGCGGUGUCGCUGACUGCUGGAACCGUGGCCGCGAGCCGCGCCGAGCGUAGCUCCCAGAGCUCUGCGAGCGCGGGAAAUUGGCAGUCGGAGCCGGAGGAGGCAGAGGCGCCAGAGCCGGAGGAGGCUCCAGAGGGGGAAGUGGAGGAGGAGGAGGAGGAGGAGGUGGAGCCAGAGGCCCCCGUGCCAGCGUGGGCGCGCUCGCCCAUGUCACCGGUGCGGGUGGAACAUGUGUCCUCGGAGUCCUCCAUGGAGCCGCUGCGGCUUCGGGAAAACGCUGUUGCCCGCUGGCAGAGCCGCAGGGAGGCAGAAGCUGACCCUGCGACGGAGGAACGCACCAGCUCCACCGUGACAGUUUCAGCCUCCGAGACGCCUCAGACUCCUCAGCAGCCUUGGAACAACUGGACGCCCCCUUUGGAAGUGGAUGAAGGCACGGAGCCUACGCAGGACACUGUGGCCGCCGACGAGCAGGACACACUGCUUGCGAGGGCCACCAGCUACAACGAGGGUGAGGAGGAUGUGCCUGACGAAGUGUUCAGGCAUUCGCCGAUCGAGGAGGCAGAGGAAAGUGCUCCCAAGAUCGAGGCGCUGCGUGAGAGGCUGCUCUCAGAGGCAAAGGACCUCUAUGAGCAAGCGUACCGAGAGUGCCCCCAGUGCUCCUAUGCAGUGAAUGGCCUCACCCUCUUUGUGAACAUGAGGACGGAGAAGAUAGAGCUCCUAGAGCGCGCCAUCAAGCUGGACGAUGAGAACCCCUAUGCCUUGGCGAAUUUGGGGGCUGAGCUCUUCGGGCAGGAUGACCUUCGGGCACUCCAACUUCUAGAGAAAGCGCUACAGAUCAAUCCUCGACUAUUUUAUGCCCGCCUCUGCAAAAGCAAGGUGUUGCUGCGAUUGGGAAACCUCCCGGCUGCUGUGGAAGCGGC